UGAGGAAGAGGACGCACACACAAUAUGAGAGACAUGGAAGUCUGAUCAGAGCUGGAAUGGGUCAUUCUGUACUGUAGUUUGCUCUGCAGACCUGUUUCUGGAGGGAAACAGAGAGGCUGGACACAGGAGACGGACACAGGAAUUCCAGGUCACAAGGGCUCCUGUGGCAGAGCACAGUCUUGCCUGGGCUGGUAUUUCAACCUCUACCCUCACGGCCAUGAGUGUGACUGACAUAGAGUAGGACCAGGGAGGGAAUAAUUAUAUUAAGAAAAGGAGAGUGGUAAGUUAUAUAUUAGGGCAGCUAAGAGGCUAGUGUUUUACUUCAGGGGUCUGACCUGACCCCAUCAGAAUGGGAUCCUCUGUUGAGUUUGCCUGUUUGCUGCUGGUGGUUUACACUCUGGGAAAGAACCACUUGGUGUCUGGGGGUUGUGCAGGGAAAUGCUGCCGGAGCAGAGACUUAAGCUGUCUGAACACUGACUGGAGGAUGGACCGUGUGUAUGGAACAUGCUACUGCGACAUGGGCUGCGUCAGGACCAAGGACUGCUGCUUCGACUACUUCACAGAGUGCCCAGCUCAGGACUGUGCUGUGAGCGACUGGAGCUUUUGGAGCGGCUGUGCCAAGCCCUGCCGUCCUUCAGUGCGAGUCCGUGUCCGUCACAUUGAGCAGCAGCCCAGUAACAGUGGAGAGCCCUGUCCCAGCCUGGAGCAACAAGCCGGCUGCAGGGAGUACAAAGACCACCAGGGCCGCCACUGUGGACUCCACUCAGGCCCUGCAUUUAUCACCAGCAUGGAGUUUGGCAAGGGAAGGCCCAAGCAUGACAACUAUGGAAACCCCCUAGACCCUGGGUUCUGUGUGGAAUUCACACUGGAGUACCGGACACCCCACUGUACAGUGGAGAACCGGCCACACACACACUGGAUGCGCUACAUAACGGAAGGCUUUAACGUGUGUGUGGUGUGUGAACCUCCUGCCAUGCGAAACAAUAGCGGCAGCUGCCAAGGAGACGGUCUGGAAUCAGAGAAAGAAGCUUUGCUCCACUGGCAGGCGGUGGGGAACCAUCAGUGCAGGGGGACAUGGAAGAAGAUCCAGAAAACCCAGCAGUGCAACUGUCCACCACAACACAGCUUCGUCUUUAUCUGAUCCAAACAAAGCACCACAGAACAUCUGCCUGAUGUUCAGAAUAUCCUUUUCACAGCCAAGCUCCCCUCCUCACUGAAAUAUGUUGUUCAGAUCAGACACUUCAAAUGCUGCAGGUUUUCAACACGAAGAAGAGACUUAAGACUCAACACUUGACGGCAGUGCAAUGAAAAUAUAGCUCUAAUAUAAUAAAUAUGCUACACAUUGAUUUAUAAGCAUGUUCAAAUCACUGCAAUCACCAUGCACAUUUCCAUUGUUCUGUGUAACUCUGCAGCACCUGAUGUGAAGACAAUGUAACUUGUACAGUAAUUCACCAUUUUUAGUACACACUGAGUACCUAUCAAAGUUGAUUUCAUAUUUUUUUAUUGUAACAAACUUUAUUUGUUUUUAAGCAAUUUCCUGGCAAUAAUAACCUUAAAUUAUAACAAUAUUUUUUUUACAUGUAUGACUUAUCAAAGAAGCAAUGCUAACAGCCCAGUUUAAUGUUCUGUGUUGGUGCCCUCUGGUGGUAUGAAUUUUCUUUUGGUAAAAACAGAGCAACAGCAAAACAACACACCCACAACAUGAAGGCUCAAUUUCAUCAGUUUAGCCAAUGGACAGAAAGAGGUUAAAUGAGUGAGGAAGCUAAUCCCUUGUUUCAUUCACAGGAUCGGCUACACUGUACAAAUUAGAGGGGGCACACUUACAGAUUCUGUAAACCAUUAAAUGUAUCCUAUCAUAGAAGGCAAUGCAUAUAGGUAGGCCAAUUAAUACUUCUGUGUUGAGUGCCCUCAAGUGGUCUCUAGCAGCAACACACCAAUAACCAAAAGGGAGAUCUUCAGCAACCCUUGUGUUGUCUUCCCGUCAACCUUGAAAGGUACAUGACCUGAGCCAGUAUAUUUUUCACAGUUAGUUUUUGCUUUUUCCAACGUUUUAAAUUGUAAACUUUUUCUUCUUUACAUUUUCAGUGCUUAU